GGGAGUAUUAAGAGCGCCCAGAUUUCAAACAUACUUGGCUUGGCGGAGCGCUCCCUCCCCGUCCCUGCCGCUCCAGAUGCGACGGAGCACCGCGAUCCCUCUCUCUCUGCCCAUGAAGAAGGAUUCUCUUCUUUCUGUUUUUCCCCCUCUUUUUUUUUUUUUUUCUGUUUUUCUUCCUUCAAGUUUCAGCUUCGAUACAACUAGAUAGAUUUUUGGUUUUCUUUCUUCUAGGAAACUUCAUCUGCCGGAUUUAAAAGCAAGGUUUGAGCAGGAGAAAUUAAUUUCUGUUUACAGCUGUAAAUAUGCAUGGUACUCCUGCGGGAUUGUAUCGUAGAGGAAAAGGCAAGACUGGCUGGGAAAAUCUCCUGGACCGUAAGAUGCUCGAAUGGCUGCUUGAAAUAACAAGCUGUCUAUUGUGUGUGCAUGUGUGCGAGUGUGUGUUUGUGCACGACAGCAGCAACGCUGCGAACUUUAAAAUGAUGCAAGGGCUCCCAAAUUGGCUUAAUUUUCCUCUUCUAGCCCUGCCUGGAGAUGGGCGAAGUGUCUGAAUGGAAGCAGUGCUGUAGGAAUUUUAUGAAUGGAGCAAAAGGCAGCUCAGCAGAAGAGGAGCAGAGCGGGGAGAUGCGGUGGGCUCGGCUCCCUCCGGCAGGAGCUGUCACUCCAGGGAACGCACAGACAGGCACCAGCACGGCACAGAUCUGCCACAAGUCCCCGGGACACCGAGGGAGGCAGCUCCCGAGCACGGAACAUGCUCCUGGCAAUGAGCUGUGAGCAGCACAGCGAGCCCAGGGCUGCGUGCGGGGCCGCUCCGGGCUCAGCUGGAGCAUCCCGGGCAGAGCUGCUCGUUGCUGUGCCCUCCUGCUGAUCGGGAGGACAGCAGCAGCCGUGUCUCCUUCACGGGAGUCACUUCUCACUGCCAGCACAGCUCGGUCACCAACAUCGACCAAAGGACAAGGAGGGAGUGGACGGACUGGCUACAGCUGCCCUACAGCAGGAGGGACCUGCCCAGCACAGGAGCAGGACGAGGCAGAUUUGGGGUUGCAAGGUCCAAGAAAUGCAUCCUGCUGCUGGUGAAGGUGCUGGGGACCAGCCCAGAGCACCCUGUCCUGAAGGAGCACUGACCCUGCAGAACUGGGAUCAUCUCGCCUGCACUGGAGGGGCUGGGGUGGAGAUGGGCUCUCUGUGUUCCUCUGGUUUUUGCACUUCUAUCCCAGUUGCUAAGUGAGGGAAAAAUCUCCCUCUGCACUGGAUUGUCCUCUCUUAUACAGAGUUUUUUGUGACAUCUCUGUAGCACUCAUCAUCCUCAGCAGGUGGUAAUGGGGAGAAGGAGAGGGCAGCUCAGGAAAAGGAUGAAAAUUGUCCAUCCUCAGGUGCCACAGUGGUCACUGACAGGGUGACACAAGGGCAGCAGGGGAGGGCCUGGGACUGUAAUCCUCCUGCCAAGGAGACAGGAGAUAGAGGCAAAGGAGUCAGAGCUGGUGAGGGGGGAAAGAGCCACCUAAUUCACUGGGAAAAGCUGCAAAUUCCCAGGAUUAAACAAAUCCAACAAACCCAGUGGAACAAGGCAGAAGGGAGACUUUGCCUGCUGAGCCCUACAAGGACAAGGCAGUCCAGCACCCCUCCCCCUCAGCAUUUUCCAAAGGAAAAGAAGACAGUCUGAGUGCUGUAAAACAUACAGUGCAAAUCCACUCUUGUAUGCAGUGACCUUUAGGAUGGCACAGGCUUUUGGCAUGCCUUAAAAUCUGGACAUUUUAGCUACUUCUUCAGCAUUCCUCUGAGUGGAGAAUACAGAUGGUCCUUGGAUGAGACACAGCUGAGAAAUGGUUCUACACCUCCCGGCAGCCGCGUUCCUCGGAGCAGAAAGAACCCUCUGCGGCAUGAGCAAGGCUUGUUGCAUUUAAACCCGGGAGGAUGUCCCUGAGUGACGAGCUGGAGAGCCACUUCCCUGCCACCCCCUACGCGGUGACAGGCACGAGCGAGGACGGCGUGCUCAGGAUCCGGCCCAAUGCCUCGGCCAACGGCACCGGGGAGGGCGCGUGGGCGGCGGGCGCCUCGGAGGACAUGGUGGCCAUCUGCACCAUCGGCGCCGUGCUGUCCCUCAUGUGCGUCGUCGGCGUCACGGGCAACGUCUACACGCUGCUGGUGAUGUGCCACUACCUGCGCUCCUCGGCCUCCAUGUACAUCUACAUCAUCAACCUGGCGCUGGCCGACCUGCUCUACCUCCUCACCAUCCCCUUCAUCGUCGGCACCUACUUCAUCCAGAAGUGGUACUUCGGGGACGUGGGCUGCCGCAUCCUCUUCAGCCUGGACUUCCUCACCAUGCACGCCAGCAUCUUCACGCUCACGGUGAUGAGCACCGAGCGCUACCUGGCCGUGCUGAAGCCGCUGGACACGGUGAAGAGGUCCAAGAGCUACCGCAAGGCCAUCGCUGUGGUCAUCUGGCUGGUGUCGCUGCUGCUCACCCUCCCCAUGCUCAUCAUGAUCCAGCUGGUGCAAAGGGACAACAAAAGCAUCUGCCUGCCCACCUGGAGCAAGCUGUCCUACAAAGUCUAUCUCACCGUCCUUUUUGGCACCAGCAUCGUGGGCCCGGGGGUGGUCAUUGGCUACCUGUACAUCCGCCUGGCCAGGAUUUACUGGGUGUCACAGACUGCCUCCUUCAAGCAGACCAAGAGGCUGCCCAACCAGAAGGUGCUCUAUCUAAUCUUCACCAUAGUGCUGGUCUUCUGGGCUUGCUUCUUGCCUUUCUGGAUAUGGCAGCUCCUCUUCCAGUAUUAUGAGUCCUUCUCUUUAUCUCCCAAGGUGAUGAAGAACAUUAAUUACUUGACAACCUGCCUGACCUACAGCAACAGCUGCAUCAACCCCUUCCUCUACACCCUGCUCACCAAAAACUACCGGGAGUACCUGAAGAACAGGCAGAGGUCCCUCAGCAGCAGCAGUGGGUAUUUCCAGAGGAGGAAUCGCUUUCAGAGGAUUUCAGGGAGAUCCCUGUCCACGAGCAGCCAGCACUGCACAGAGACUUAUGUCCUUGCUCACGCUCCCCUGGGAACCAGCAGUGCCUGAAGGUAAAAUACAUCUCCAAGAACAAUCAAUAUUGACUUCAGUGUUGCUUUGAUUUAAAGUGUACAUUGUACAGGCGAAGCCUUGGCAGACCCAGAAUGUGCACACAUUUAUCCAGAGGCUGUGCCAUGUGUCUGUUCUCAUUUCUCCAGUGCCACUGAUUUGAUGCUAGCAGCACUCGGCUGAACAUCUAUCUAAAUAGCCUUUCACUUUUUAUCUUUAUAUUUUAUAGUGUACGUCUCCUCAAGUAGCCAUCAAUAAUGAGAGCCCAUAACAGGGCUGUGAUUUUUAACAGUAUCAGCUGUCUCACAACGUUUAAAAUUAUGUUACCCCAUGAAUGGCUGUAGUUUGCUCUUUUUUUUUUCUUUAGCAGUAGUGCUAAAUUUGUAGUUGUAUGAGGACUGAAGACAAUGAAAUAAAGACAAAGCAGCUGA